CGCGCGUAGAGCGUGCACGCGCCAAGCCAAGCCAGUGCGUACAUGUGUCGCAGAUUUUAAAACUCAGAAAGAGCUGGAACAGCGGCGGACCUGAGGGUGCACCGAGAGUACCAGUGGGUUUACAUCCUAAAAAAAAAAACACUCUCCGAGUCUACGCAGUAUAGUUAAGCGUCAUUUUAACCCCUGAAGAAGAAAAACAGGAGAGAUCAGAAACUAUAUUUGCUGCACUGGAUGAUCUCAUUAACAUGGAGCUGUCAUCAAUAGGAGAGCAAGUGUUUGCUGUGGAGGCAAUAACGAAGAAGAGGGUAAGAAAGGGAAAUGUGGAAUAUCUGCUAAAGUGGCAAGGAUGGUCGCCUAAGUACAGCACCUGGGAACCAGAGGACAACAUACUGGACCCUCGUCUUGUCCUUGCCUACGAAGAAAAAGAGGAGAAGGACAGAGCUCUGGCUUAUAAGAGGAAAGGUCUGAGACCACGUCGAGUUAUCCUGAGGAACAUCUACCCUAUGGACCUACGAAGUGCACACAAGGCUCCAGAUAAACCAACCCCGAGAAUCCGCCUGUCGCUCACCCGUUCCAUGGGGACAGAAAUAGACCAGAAUGGGCGGCGCUGUAGAGAAGGCGUUGGCUACCGUCGUAUAGAAAAGCGCAAGAACAGGCAGUGCAGGUCCAAGCUCAUAGAAGACGUCAAACUAUCCCAGCAACUAACCAGACAUCCACUUUCAUCAAAAGACUCUUCAGAGAAAGAGUGGAAUGGAGACGAGGAAGAUGAGCAGGAGAAAAAGGUCAAGAAGAUGAGAAAAAAUGAAGAAAACACAACAGAAGUGCACCAGGACAUUCCAAGUGGUAAAGAGAUGUCUGAGGGGUACAGCUCUUCGACAGAACAGGAAUCUGAGAUUACCAUCAAAGAAACUGAGAACUGCUCUUCCAUUUUUGACCAUGCUGAGAAGCCAAGCGAGGAUACCUGUCCAGUUUUAGAAGAAACAGAAAACAGUACAAUCACCGACACACAAAAGAACGAGCCAGUCACAAACACUGCAGGGGGUGAGGACUCUGUACGGGUAUCACAUGACACAACAAACACUGACCAAUUACUACACAACAGUACCAAGUCAGGAGCCGAGAAAGGUGUGUUUGACAAAAUACAGAACAGACCUUCGGUUAUCGAGGUACAUUUGAGCGCUAGAUAUGGACAGGAAGAGGUAAGAGAAACAGGUGAGGUAGACAGUUCAGAGGCCAAAGAAAUGGAAAUGAUGGAUACUGAUGUCACAGCAGAAUGCACAACAACAUUACAUGUCCCAGUUGACCAGUCGCAGACUUCUUCCACCACAGUGCAUCCUGAGAAAGUCAUUGUGACUCAGGUGACAAUAAAUUCCUUGACCGUGACAUUUAAAGAGGCCAUGACUGCAGAAGGCUUUUUCAGCAGCUGUGAGCUUGAGGUCUAAACUGACAAAGGAACACGAGAACAACAUUACAAUAGAUUAAUGUACAUUUAGUCAGGACCAAGUGAAUAACACAGUUCGCAGUAGUGAAGCAGAUAUUGUCUAAGCAAGGUAAAGACACCUACAAGGCAUUGUUUUCUUAAGUUAGUCCUUGUGUCAUUGUGGUAAAAUAAUCGUUGAAGGACGACAUUUCUGAUUAUACUCAGUGAUGCUGUAUGCGAAGAUUUUAAGCAUGUAAAGCGAAUCUUAAUAUCUGUACCACUACUUUUCCAUCAGCAGCAGUCAUUGCACUACAGUGAAAAGAAACCGUUUUUAAGUUCCGAAUCGAAGACAAAACUACUGUUACAUUGCCUCUUUUGUCCUGUAACCAACCAGGUGGGAAAAGGAAAGGCCACCCUCCUUUGUUUCCAUAUCUGCGCCUGAGCUCUCUUCACUCUGUUCGGAGGCCUUUGUGCAUUUUUAAAGAGACAGUAUUGGUUUACAUUCACAACUGCUACAGUGGACGCUUUUGUAGGGGUAGAUCCUGUUCAUUUGAACACGUGUUUUAGGUGUGCUUUUAGCAUGGCAGAAAUCAAAGCUGAGCCUAAAUUACAUGUUUUGGUCGUGAUAGUUGAACAUGGCUUGUCAGCUCUGUUGUUGCUCUCACGUGUGACGACUACACUGUUUUUUGCUUGUAUUUACAGCAAAUAAAUGGAAAAAUAAAGUUGUGGGUGAUUUUAAUUAAUUUGUGAGUAACACUUUGUGUGUGUUUAAGCCCAUUUCUGCCUCGGAGUGAAAAAUAGUUACAUUGUGAGAUAUAUACUCAGGCUGAGAUACAAGGUCGCAAUUGCGGGAUAUGCAGUCAAGUCCAGAAACAAAGUUGCAAUUACAGCAAAAUAAGUUGCUAUUGCAAAAGUCUCGCUGUGAGAUCACAAGGUGGAAGUCACAUUGUGAUUUAUAAAGUCGCAAUUGCGAGAUAUUAUGAGAAAUAAAUUUGCAAUUAUGAGAAUGUCACAAUUGUAAGACAUAAAGCUGCUUUUUUAUGGCAACUUUCAUCAAGUCCAUUUAAUAUUAACCACCCAGAAAGCCACAGUUUUGCCAGAAAAUCUCAACAGUUCUUUUUAUCACCUUAUAAUCAUUUGCAGGAAGCAACAGGUUCUUUAGCAUCGGCCUGAACGUCAACUAGCAAUGACAGCUGGCUGAUGAGUCAACUGUGACCAGCCUAACGGCGCUUAACAAAACAAAACCAAAUCCAAGAGCACUGCCAUUCUGCCAAAAGAAAGAGUAUCUGUUUGAGCCAUAUAAAGAGAACGAUUUAAGCAGAAAGGUAAGUGGCUAAAAACUGUAAUCUUCAAAUAAUCCCCAAUAAUAAGUGACCAAUAAAUUAAAUUUAUCUUCAUUUUAUUAAAAAAAAGUAAGAAGUCCACAGUUUGUGUUUCCUUUGUACAGUACAAAAUAUUCAAAUUAAACUCCCAAAGUUCAGAGCAAAGAAAAUUCUGGAAGUGGAGAAAAAGUAGGAGUGGUACUGAAGAUGAAAAUUGUGAGAUCAGUGGCCCGUCGCUUCUUCACCGCCGUUUCACUGCACCAUACAGUUCAUAUGUGAAACGCUGCUCAAUAUGACAUCGGCGCGAGCAGAUGAAUUCCAGCACCACAUCCAAUACACACAUACACAUUCACACAUACACACAUAAACUUUCAUCCAACCUGUACAGACACCUCCACUAUCCAGUAAGUCUUUUUAAGGAGUGCGCACACAUUCUGAGGGCAGGUGUGUGCGUCCAAGAACUUGUCCUGUUGCAGAAGCAGUGAUGUCCAAUGGAAUUUCCAAUAUGGCAUGAAAUAAGAUCCAUUGGGCAGCAGAGCGCACACCAAACCCGAUCCCCCAACACUGUAAUUUAUAUUAUACUCAACCUAAAUCUCCAGCUAGAGUAAAGGAAUAGCUCCCCAUUUUAAUAGGUAUUAACAAAAAUAUAUUCUAUGUGAACUGUAGCAGUCUCUGGGAACACACAUGAACAAAAUCCAUCAAGACAAAAAAAAAAAAAAUGAAAAAGCUAGAAUAAAUAAAAUGCAAAACUCAAUUUACAAGGAAGAUAUGCAUGAUGUUCAGAUAAUUAUAAUAACAAUUUAGGCAUCACAACGUUUGAAAUGUUCCAUAUGACUGUAAAACACAUAACAGAGACUGGUACAUGGUCAAAUAUAUAAAAAAAAGUCCUUAAUCAUUUGCACUUUAAUUUUAUACCACUUUUAAAAUCUUAAAAAAUAUCUCUUGAAAAAGGAAAAGUACUCCCCUGGACCUGACGUUGAAAAUAUUUGUGGUUUGUUCUCUGAGGCUGAGAAACAAUCCUCAAUUUGUACACAAA